UCCAUUCAACAGAAAACCUCACUCUGUCUCACUUGUGGGAGAAUUGGGUUUCUGAGCAUCAGACAAAAUGUCUUUUAAUGAGCAGCAGUGUAAACAGCCAUGCCUUCCUCCUCCUUGUCUUCAAAAAACUCAGGAGAAGUGUCCAGUGCAAGUUCCAGAGCCAUGUCCACCACCAUGCCAAGAAAAAUGUCCGGCUCAAGCCCAGGAACCAUGCCUCCCUAAAAGCCAGGAUCCGUGCCAGGAAAUAUGUCCACAAAAAUGCCAAGAAUCAAGUCUCUCUCAGUGCCAAGACCCAUGUGCACCACCAUGUCAAGACCAGGUCCUGGAGCCCCCAUGCCAGGAGCCAUCUCAGAUGAAGUGUACAGAAGCAAUUCCUCAAAAAUGCCAAGAGAAAUGUCAACUCCCUAGCCUGAGUAAAUAGUCAUCGACCUCAAAUUCCAUAGCUGUGGCAACAUUUGGAGGCAAAAGAAAUGACCCACAGAUAAAAAACCAAGUCACAAUCCAAACUAUGGUGAAGUUCUCCUGUAUAUAACUCUGUUCGUAUUGAUUUUUUUCUCAUGUCUUUGCCUCAGCAAGUGUUUCUUUUCCUCAUCCAGGUCAUGGACUUUCUCUGGGAGGGUAAUUCUCACUGUAUAUCAGCAGUCUCUACAAAAUAAGCACAGUAUCUCCCAAGCAGUGGAAAAUGGUAUGCAGCAGAUCAGUGCUACUAUAAAACCAUAGAAUGCCAAAGCUUAAAGGGACCUAAAAGACUAUUUAGUUCAUUUCAAACCUUUCACUAUAUGGAGAAAAAAACUGAAGCACAUAAAAGGAAAGGUAGUCAAUAAGAAAUCUAGGACAAGAAUCUCUGGUCUCCUGACUCCUAAUCCAGCACUCUCUCUACCACACCAUCCUUCUCAAUCCUGGGUUUAUAGAAUGCUAAAGGUGUCACCUACUUGAUGGGAUAGUAAACUCUUUGAAGGUGAGGACUGUUUCAGUCUUGUCUUGGUAUCCUUAACACCUUACAGAUUGUCUCACACGUAUUAAUGUCCUGAUGGAUGUUUAAAUAAUUAUUGGAUUCUCAAGUGAUUCUCAAAAACAUGUUAAUUUGGAAACAUCUCAGUAUUAAAGGGAAGUGUAAUUAAAUACUUUGAGAAUUUAGAAAAGAUCUACAUUGCCAGACACUGCUAGGUUAUAUAAUUACAAAGACAAAGACAAAAACAGUCCUUUCAUUCAAAACCAUAUUCUAUCAGAGGGGAGAAGAUAUGUCACUAAAUCCAUUGAAGUCUGACAAAGUGCCACAGCUCCUCAGAGGUGGAAGGUUCUCUGUUCUAUAUUCUAAAAUUAUCCCCAGACCUUUGGACAUCAACACUUUGGUACUAUGGUAGGCAGGAAAAUGAUAAUGAUGAAAUGUGUUGUUACAAAGUGACAAUGGAAGAAUCAGAUGGGAUCCUUUGAAUUUCUGUUUAUUGUUGUUUUUUGUUGUUAGCUCACUCUGGGCCACUUGUGUAAGCUAUUUCUAAACCCUUCAGAGAUGUGAUUUGUAUUCUAUGUGAUCCCAUGUUGGGUCCACUUGGUUGCCCAGCUCUGUCUUUUUUUUUUCCAAUUGUGAAGGUAAAACAUUAAAGCCUCCAACUCCA